AUGCCACACAAUAUGAACUUCCACAGCCCCAAGUCGGUGGGUGCGUUCGUGGAGCAGGUGGGCGGCAGCGCCGAGGCGCUCGCCCGCCGGCUCUCGACGGACCUCGCCAACGGUAUAGCCACAGACAAAGACGCGGAGCUUCCGCCCUUGAAAAGAAGGGACGCAUACGGCAGCAACCGGCUGCCCGAGCGCGCGCCGAAGAGCUUCUGGGCGCUCGUGCGCGAGGCGUUCCAGGACAGGACCAUGCUGCUGCUGACGGGUGCCGCCGUGGUGUCCUUCACGCUCGGCAUCUACGAGGUGCUGACGCAGCCCCCCGAGCUCGACCCCGAGGGCAACCCGAUCACGCAGGUGGACUGGAUUGAGGGCCUCGCGAUCAUGAUGGCAGUGCUCGUAGUCGUGCUCGUGUCCGCCGCCAACGACUACCAGAAGGAGCUCCAGUUCCAGCAGCUCAACAGGAAGCGCGAGGACAGGCAGGUCGUGGUGGUCCGCGACGCCGCCGAGUCCCUCAUAUCCAUACACAACCUCCUCGUCGGCGACCUCCUGAAGCUCCAGACCGGCGACGUGGUCCCCGCUGACUGCGUCCUCGUCCGCGGCGAGUGCGAGACCGACGAGUCCGCGCUCACAGGCGAGUCAAACACCAUCAAGAAGCUCCCCUUGGCAGACGCUCUCGAGUACCACAGCGCCCACGGCGGCAGGGACAUCGGCGACACCAGUGCCAGCGGUGCCAGCGGCGCAGCCGACGAUAGCCGCUGCCCGGACUGCAUGCUCAUCUCGGGCUCCCGAGUGCUCUCGGGCCUCGCCAGCGCCAUCGUCACCAACGUAGGCGUCAACUCCGUGCACGGCAAGACCAUGGCGUCCCUGAAGGAGGACUCGGAGGACACUCCCUUGCAGAUGAGGCUCAGCCAGCUCACAGACAACAUCUCGGUCUAUGGCUGCGUCGCCGCCAUCACCCUCUUCGUCGUGCUCUUCGCCCGCUACCUCUCCUACAUCCUUCCCUCCGGCGGCAAGUACCACGACCUGCCCCCCGCCGAAAAGGGCAGCAAGUUCAUGGACAUCUUCAUCACCGCCAUCACAGUCAUCGUCGUCGCCGUCCCCGAGGGCCUGCCCCUCGCAGUAACCCUCGCGCUCGCCUUCGCUACAACAAGAAUGACCAAAGACGGCAACCUCGUGAGAGUGCUCAGGAGUUGUGAGACCAUGGGGUCCGCAACAGCUGUGUGCUCGGACAAGACAGGUACCUUGACGGAGAACAUCAUGACCGUGGUCAGAGGCACCCUCGGCAGAGCCGGGUUCGACGACAUCGGCGCAGACCCUUCGAAGUCAAACCUGGUCUUCAAAAAGAAGUGCUCCGACUUGCUCAGAACAGUGAUCUACGACAACAUCGUACUGAACUCCACAGCCUUCGAGAACAAAGACUACAAGGACCCCAACAACUACAACUCCAUCGAUGACUCACAGCCAAGACGCCUGAUCAGAAGAAUUACCCAAACUUUGCAGAAGAAGAAACCAGACGACGAGGAAAACCUGCUAGCCCAUGCAGCUGAGGGCAGACAGGAACCUUACAUCGGCUCAAAGACUGAAACAGCACUGCUAUCCUUGGCCAGAAAGUCCUUCGGCUUGAAAUUUGGCGCUUUGCAAUCCUUCAGAGGACACCCUGAAAAACUACCGACCGUUGAAACAAUUGUCCAGAUUAUCCCAUUUGAAAGCUCCAGAAAAUGGUCCGCUAUUGUGGUAAAACUAAAUAGCAACAAGGAAAAUGAAGGUAAGAAGUUCCGUCUGUACGUGAAGGGUGCCGCUGAAAUUGUUGCUAAGGCUUGCACCUUGAAAAAUGUCUGCAAUGAGGGUAUCUCUGAGAUUGACCAGAAAAGUAAAGACGAUAUCGAAGAACAAAUAUUCAGCUUGGCAAAGGACGCCCUGAGGGCUAUCUCUUUAGCACACAUGGAUUUCGAUGUUAACGAAUGGCCUCCUAAAGAACUUGCUGAUCCAGAGAAUUCCCAUGAAGCAUUGGCAGUCAAACUGAUUGAUCCUAAAAAACCACACUUGGAAGGUCUCACUUUAGAUGCUAUCGUAGGUAUCCAAGAUCCACUACGUGAAAACGUUAAGAAUUCGGUCGCUCAAUGUCAAAAAGCCGGUGUCACUGUACGUAUGGUUACCGGUGAUAACUUGUUGACUGCUAAAGCCAUUGCAAGAAACUGUGGCAUUCUCUCAAGCAAAAGUUUGAACGAUAGUGCAUGUGCCAUGGAAGGUCCUGCGUUCAGGAAACUAAGUGAUAGUGAACGGAAGCGCAUCUUACCAAAGUUGAGAGUUUUGGCAAGAUCCUCCCCAGAAGAUAAGAAGAUUCUAGUGAGAGCUUUGAAGGAAAUGGGAGAAGUUGUUGCUGUUACUGGUGAUGGUACAAACGAUGCUCCGGCUUUGAAACUUGCAGAUGUUGGUUUCUCGAUGGGUAUUACUGGUACUGAAGUUGCCAGGGAAGCUUCCGAUAUCAUCUUGAUGACUGACGACUUUUCAGCGAUCGUUAAUGCAAUCAAAUGGGGUAGGUGUGUUGCUGCUUCCAUCAAAAAAUUCAUUCAGUUUCAAUUAAUUGUUAAUGUAACUGCAGUAUUGCUGACUUUUGUUACUUCAGUAAUUUCCUCUGAUGUAAAAUCUGUUCUUACUGCUGUUCAAUUGCUUUGGGUUAACCUAAUCAUGGAUACUCUAGCUGCGCUAGCUCUAGCCACAGAUAAACCUGAUCCAAAUAUUAUGGACAGAAAGCCCAAAGGUCGUUCUACUCCACUGAUUACUCCGUCAACUUGGAAAAUGAUCAUUGGUCAAGCAAUCCUACAAUUAUCUGUUACUUUUACGCUUUACUCACACGGUGCCCAAUAUUUCUUUGGCAAGCCAAAGGAAGAUCUUCCUGGGCAUGAGCAUCAACAAAUUAAUGCAAUGAUAUUUAAUACUUUCGUUUGGUUGCAAUGGUUUACACUGCUGGUGUCAAGGAAACUUGAUGAAGCAGAUGGUAUAAAAGAUUGGAGGAAGAGGUUGACCGCUUCAAACUUAAAUUUCUUCCAGGAUUUGUUUAGAAAUUAUUACUUCAUUUUCAUUAUGUCAUUAAUUGCUGUAUUACAAGUUCUAAUCAUGUUUUUUGGAGGGGCACCUUUUUCUAUUGCCCACCAAACUAAAAAGAUGUGGCUUGUUUCAGUGAGUAGUGGUAUUCUUGCCAUCCCUGUUGGUGCAUUGAUCAGAAUAUGCCCAGAUGAAUGGGCUCAAGCGGUGUUCCCCGCUAGACUAGCCAAAGCAAUCAAAUACUUUGCAGGUUUAGAAUUUCUAAGAAAUACAGAAAGUGAAUCCAGAAGUGAUUCAGAGGAGGAGGAAAGAUUGUUGACUCCGGCUUGA